AUGCUAAGCUGCUCAUCACCUAUCCUACCUGAAACUUGGACUAAUUCUAAUUAAUUAAUGCUAAGUUUAUUGGCACCUCCUGAAAACUUAAAUCCAGAAUAUUUUAGUUCACUAUUAAACCAGUAAGAAUUUAUUGAAUAAUAGGUAUGGACCUGUGCAAUAAGUGAAAAUUUUAAAUAAAUCCUUAAUGGAUUUUAAAGUUUUUGUAGAAAUGGGUAAUUCAGAAGCAGCAAAAUUAGCUAAAUAAUUUCUUGAUUAACUUUCUUCAAAUUUUAUUAAAUGCUCUUAUUAUCACGAUGAGAAGCAAUUUUAAACAGGAUCUUAGAAUAAUUGCUCUUUUGAGAGUAUAGGCGAUUCAACUAUGAGUUCAUAAAAAUGUUAAUAUCAAACUUCGUUAAAUGAAAGUAUAUUUUUAAUCUUUAUAUUAAGUUGUCUAUGAAGAUGAUUAUAAGCCUUCAAGCAUCAAGACAUUACCUUUAAAUAAAAAAAUAAUCAAAUCUUCCUAAUUAAUAUAACCUACAUAGACUUUAUGUAUAAGUGGAAUUAAGGGAAAUGAAAUAGAUGCCAAAAAAUUGUAUAAUAUUUUUAGUAACUUCGGAAAUAUUGAUAAAAUCUUACUUAUUAAGUAAGAAUAACUUAUUAUUCAAAAUCUAGAAUUAAAAAUUUCGCAUUUGUUAAAUAUCUUAAAAAUGAUAAUGCAUAAUUCGUUUUCUAGAAUUGUUAAAAAUUAGAAUUCUUUGAUAGCAGCAUUUCAAUUUCUUAUGCUUCAGAAGAUUCAAUAGAUAAGCUGAUUGGUCUUGACACUCUCUAUCAAGAAUAAGACUAUUAUAUUGGUUCUGAGGAUACAGAUAGGUAAUUAAUAAUAUUUAUUGAUAGAUUUAAUUGUAAUAAUAAAAUGAUUCUUUUGCCACCAAGUUAGGUAUUGCACAUCUCAAAUCUUAAAAAAGUUUCUUCAAAUACUGAAACUAUGUGGGAUGUAUUUUCUGAAUUUGGUGUUGUUUAAGUAUUAAUUUUAUAUAAUUUUAUAGGCUGUAAAGGUAUUAAAUACAUAAUUCAAAUUUAUGUGUUUAAUAAAAAUGGAAACUCUUAAACAAGCCUUAGAAGUUAUGGCUCUAAUGCAUAAUGAGGAGAUUGACAAUAGAAAUGUGUAAAUCUCAUUCACAAAAGCAAAAAUUUGA